AUGGAUUUGCCGGCACAAAGAAAAUGUCUUGGAUUUACUGGUCAUAACUCAACACGUGCGUGCCAUAAGUGUGAUAAAUCUUUUCCUUCGCUGCCUGGUAAUGCUAAUAGAAGAGAUUUCAGAGACUUCGAUGAUGCUAAUUGGGUUGGUCGUUCGGCAAGUACCCACCGUGUAAAUGCAAGUAAGUGGUUAACUCUCUCGACGAAAGAUCAACGUAGUGAAUUUGAGAGAAAUACUGGUACUCGUUGGAGCACGCUCCUUCGUUUGCCAUAUUUUGAUCCUAUCCGUUUCGCUCCCGUAGAUGUAAUGCAUAAUUGCUUUCUUGGGACAGCCAAACGUGUCCUACAUAUGAUCUGGAGAGAUGAAGUUAGAUCCGUUGCUGGCGGUCGCCGCGAAGAGUCAUUAUUGAUUACGAAGAGCGAUUUAGCGGAGAUGUCAGAAUUUGCAAAAAGCCUGAUACUUCCCUUUGGAUAUGAUGGUGGUAAUGCUGUUAAACGCAAGAUAACAGUAGGUAAGGAUGGUUUUAGCCAUUUAACAGCUGAUGAAUGGCGAGUGUGGAUUAUUGCUAUGUCACCUUAUCUUUUGCCCUUGAGAUUGAACAUGCAAUAUUAUAAUCACUGGAUGAAGUUUGUUGAAGCCAAUCGUUAUAUAGCCAAUACAAGUAUUACUGAAGAAGAAAUAGAUUACGUUCAUUCUCUAUUAAAAGAAUUUUUAAGCGAAUUUAUGGAAAUCUACCAUGAUGCCAGUUACUUGUCACUGAAUAUGCACAACCAUUUGCAUAUCAAAGAAGGUCUUUUGGAUUAUGGGCCAGCCAUGUCCCAUUGGCUUUUCAACUUUGAAAGGUAUAACGGUGAUCUUAAAGUUAUUAAUACUAACAAUAAGGGAUCCGUUGAAAAUACGAUAACGAAGAGGUUUUUGGAGUCUGUUUUUGCUGGAGACUAUUUGAUUGUUUGCCGGUAG